AUGAAACCAACUUUCAAUGGAUAUUACUCAACAGCCAUUGCAGCUUUGCAUUUAUGGAUUAUUAUUGUUAACAUACAGACUCUCAUUGGGUUGAAAGAAGAAAAAUAUUUAUCAAGGGAAACUUCACAUAAUAUUUGUUGCUUUACUACUUUUAUCAUUCUCCAUAAAAAUCCAUCCCUGACCUCGUUCAACAACCAUUCACGAUUCGAUUGCAAACAAAUAUGUUUAAUCUCUCAAUUAAGCAAGGAAAAGAUAACUUUGCUCAUUAGUUGCUAA